AUGUUCAGACAAUACUCCAACUUCAUAUCCCACAAGAGGAGAAGAAGCAAAAGUACUUCUCGGGUCUUGUCCGUUGCCCAGUCCGAAGCAGCCUCAGAUGCACCAACAGUAAAUGAGCCGAUUGAGAUUUGGACUCACUCGCAGCCCAUAGAUGCUGCUACCCAGCAACAGAAUGGCUGUUUCACCACUUUGACUGCACGGAUACACAAAUACGAUCAUGUGGCCCAAAGAGGUAGCGAUCGCUUCUUGGAGGACUUGACGGCCACCCUCGACAGCGAAGAGGCCAAGUCGAAGAGCAGCUAUCUGACCUCCCCGGUGGGAAAUUACGCUAGUUUUCUGUAUCCAGAGUGCAUGCCCGAAAGGUUGGAACUUGUCGCCUAUUUGACUGAACUCGGAAAUGUCCAUGACGACCAUACCGAUAGUAAGAACACGCCCGCGGCAGACAAGCCGGAGGAGCUGGUUGAAUCGCCCCGAGCCGAAGCCAGAAAGAAACUUCUGGAGAAAGUGACGGGAGAACUGACUGACAAGGAUGGACUUGAGAUCAUCGACUGCUACCGGAGCAACUGGCUUGUCACGCCGGAUGUUCCCACCGCCGAUAAUUGUGCCAAUCUUGAUGACUACGUGGCUCGUCGACGUCUUAAUGCAGGAAUUGAGUAA